AUGUAUCCUGGAGUGGAGCAUUUUAAUUCAAAUAUUAAGUGGAAAUUUGAUGACUCACCUGGUGUUGACGACGAUAUGCAACAUUUAGAACAUAAUCUCGAUAGGAUACGCAGUUUAAGUCAUGAGAGAAGCUUUAACGCUUACGGACUAAAAGAAAAUGAUAAUUUGUUGGAAGUGGAAGUGAACGAUAUAGUGGAAGACGAUUCCGAUGAAAUCAAAGACUAUGGAAACGGUUGUGCUCAUGACAUUCAUGAUGAAAAAAGUGAAUAUAGUGCUCAUAAGUUCUCGCGUAAUUCAUCAGUGUCUAAUAGGGAACUAGACGUCAUCAAAGAGAGCUCCAGGAGCUCGAGUGAUACUGAAGUGACGUUGACUCGAUGA